AUGGAGCUAAGACCACGAGUGGUUACGAUCGACGUGACCCAUGAGCCAAGCCGUUUGGUGCAGUCUAAGGGGGCAAAAAACAUCGAGACUAGACCAAAAGCCCGUGCUGACUCCUUCUACGGGGGCCAAAAUCGACUCCCACCUGGACACCCACUUGCCCCAAAAGAGAGAGAGAGAGAGAGAGAGAGAGACAGAUCGCACUGGCUGGAGGAACAAUUUGAUUGGCUCUCCAAGGAGACUCAGAUCACCGGACAGAAUUUUCUAGGGCCAUGGGCGGCUAACUGGGAUAUUCGAUGGGCUGAGAUCGGACACUAUUGGCGACUAUCGGGAUGGCGCAUCCUGGGACUCGUAAUUACGGCCCAGCUGGCCAUUGAGCGAUUGCUGACUCCGAGAUCGACUGAAUAA